CAAUGGUUGAUUGAUCAUUAAGGAAUCUGUAGAGCUCCAUAUACAAAUAGAUUCUUCCAAAUUAUCGGAACCCUAUUUAUAUCCUCUGAAAAAGCUGGAAACUAAAGAAUCUAGGUCGCACGUGUUUGGAUGUUUAUGGUGGCCAAAUUGAAGGUCCCGGGAUUAACGAUUAUAACGAAUCGUUUACGUCACUACUUUCGAAAUAUGGACGCCAAAGAACUGCAGCCUCCCGCUUCGGUGCGCGGAAUGCAGGAGCUCCAAAAGGACCAAUUCCAGAAGACAGUCAAAGUACCCCGUUUACGGGUUCCCGAGUCUCAAGUGCAGCGAGUGAUGCCGCUCGUUAAGAAGUUCCUGCUGAAAAUGGAGCACCUACAUCCUGUCCGAGCUGUGGAUAAAUCUCGAGAGAUCCUACUUCAUCCAACUCCUAUUAAGGAUUGGGAAUCCCUACCGACACAGGAUCUGCAAAAGCAAGGCAUCACCGCAGAGAACUUCUGCUUUGCUGAACUUGAGUUGGGCUAUGAAAACUGGUCUGCCAAUGAGAUCCUAAAAAGCGUGCUGCCCACGGAAGAAGAGGGUCUCACCUCGUACUCCCGCAUAGGCCACAUUGCCCACCUCAAUCUCCGAGAACACCUGUUGCCGUAUAAAGAACUCAUUGGCCAAGUGCUUUGUGAUAAAUUGCCCAACUGCCGUACGGUGGUCAACAAAGCAUCCUCCAUUGAUAAUACCUACCGUAACUUCCAGCUGGAAUUAAUUUGUGGGGAUCCCGAGUACCAGGUGGAAACCAAGGAGAAUGGAGUACCGUUUGAGUUUGACUUUUCAAAGGUAUACUGGAAUCCUCGGCUCUCCACGGAGCACGAAAGGAUUGUCAAGAUGCUAAACUCAGGAGAUGUCCUCUAUGACGUAUUUGCUGGCGUGGGUCCGUUUAGUGUUCCUGCUGCCAAGAAACGUUGCCAUGUUUUGGCCAAUGACCUGAAUCCAGAGAGCUUCCACUGGCUCCAACACAAUUCCAAGAGAAAUAAGUGCUUGUCCAAUAUAAAAAUGUUUAACAAGGAUGGCAGGCAGUUUAUACUCAAAGAGCUGCGGGAGGACUUACUAAAGCGACUGUUAACCACAGAUACCUCCUCCUAUGGCAUCCAUAUAACAAUGAAUCUACCAGCAAUUGCUGUGGAGUUCUUGGAUGCAUUUCGAAGUCUUUAUAAAGCAGAGGAAAUGACUGAACUGCCGGCAAACGUCACGUUUCCCACUGUUCAUGUUUACUCCUUUGCCAAGGGCGAGAACACGAAGGGGUUGGUGCAGAAACUAGUAGAGAGCAACCUAGGAGCCAGCCUUGACCAAAACCUCCUUUCCGGAAUUAAUUUUGUGAGGAAUGUGGCCCCAAACAAGGAUAUGUACAGGGUUUCCUUUAAGCUAUCCCUUAAAUUGCUAACUACGCCAAAGGAGGCUGAAAUUUCAAGAAAGCGUUGUGCGGAGGAGGAGAGGAUGGUCACUACAAAAGUUAAAUGUGCUUGAUACAAUAGAUACAAUAAAAUUAUAACUUACAAUUAAA